CGAGAAGGCGAAAAAGGGCGGCGAGGAUGGACCAAGACCAUUGAGCAUCUGUGUAAUCCCAUCUCCUCCUCGUCCUUCUCCUUGGUCGACCUCUCGCAAGCAUGCUCCUCCCUUCCCUCCGUAUCCUACAGGGCACAUCCACACGCGGCUAUCUCCAGCAGCCGUCGCCUGCUCGCCUGUUCUCCACUGCCCCUUCUCUCCUUUCUUGGGGAGGCGGCAAGCAAAAGACACAUCAAGGCGCCGCCAAACGUUUCCGUCCCGUCAGCAAGCCCCGUUCUCGACCCUCGCCGCUAGGCUACAACCCCAGUACCGGCGUACUGAACGAGAUGGGUGCUGGUAGCCGUCCCGGACCUCUGUUCAAGCGGGCUAGGGCGGGGAAGAGUCACCUGAACUUGAUGACAAGUGGCAGUAGAUUGAACUCGCUGGGUGGAACAAAGGUGGUGGGAAGUGGAAGGCUGGGGGUGCAUCUGAGGAGGCUGUUGGGACCAAUUCUAUGAGGGUCUGAUGAAGUAGAGGCAAGAGCACUGGGAGGAAGACAGGGAACAUGGGAGAACGGGUAAUCGGAGGUGGGGCCAACAGAAGUACGGCCGCUACGAGCGCUCCUGAACAGAUGUUUCGAAAGGAGACCAACUGCAGUCCUGACACAGAGAGUCACAAGGAGCCAUAUACCUGACGGAAGACAGCAAUAGGCAACGCAGUUUCUGCUGUGCCGCUCGUACGUCAGAGCCUUUCAAUGGAGCAUCGCCAAGGUCUCCUGAAGCAGGCGUGUUAGUCUG